CUCGAUUAAGUGGACUGACUCCCGAGGAGAUCUUUGGGCGGAAUCAGACGUCUGCAAUCGAGAGCCGGGUGUUAAACAAAAAAAAAGGAAGAGACUCAAAACUUUUACACAAUCUUUUUAUUUUGCACUCGAGAACAAAACAAACAGUGGUUGAAAAGCUUUGUAGAUACUUUGCAGUGAGUACGAGUAUGUGACCAGUGUCUUCACAACGUGAAGUCGAGUUCAGCCUCCCCGUAGAAAAGACAUGAGCAUCGAGCCACAGGACCUCACGGUGUAAGAGGCAGUCACCAUGGCAACGCAGUUUAGUAUCGAUGAUGCCUUUGUACUGGAGGGAGAUGAGGAGGGAGCUGUUUCUGAUGGGGAGACGGACGGAUGGAAGGGCGGAGACAAGGACAAAGAAGGAGGAGAGAUGGCAUUUGGUCCUCUAUCUUUCUCCAAACCUCAGAGUCAUCCCUCAUCCGCUACUGCUGCUGGCUCCCCUGAACACAGUAACCUAAAGUAUCAGAAUCUGGAAAAUGAAGACGCCUUGGGCAGCCAUGGCAAUUCCUCUUUCAAUAACUUCUUUAAAAUCAGUGACCCUGCAACCCUGUCUUACUGCAGCUCCCAGUGGUCCUUCAGCACCUUGAGUUCUGUCACACAGCUUUCUGCACACUGCUGCGGGUGGGUGUCUCAUCCGCUGGUGAAAAAAAACAGAAGAGUUGUUCUUGCUUCAUUCCUUCUCCUCAUCACUGGAGUUGCUCUUAUUUUCGCAGGUGUUAUCAUACAGCUGAAUCCAAAUGCAGGUGUUUCAAGUGCUAUAUUCUUUGUACCUGGAUUUCUUCUCUUCAUUCCUGGCGUGUACCAUGUGAUAUACAUCUGCUGUGCUGUCCGAGGAAGAAGAGGCUUCAAAUUGUUCUACCUACCUUAUUUUGAAAAAUGACAUGAGACACUACAUUUUCACUACGUUUCUUUGUUUGCUAUCUUAAAAUGAAUUGUAUUUUGUCACUUGUAACAAAAAAUGUAUUAUGACAUGUGUUUUUUUUUCUUGUCAUUGUAAUGACCACUACUAAUUCAACCACUUAGUGCCUCGACUAUGUUUCCACUACAUGAACUGAUAAUGCUGUGUGUUUACACGAUAAAGAAGGAGAUUGGUCUUGCCUGUGUUUUCUAGGUUGUGUGAAUAAUGACUGUGAAAUUACAAUACAACUUUUGUAUAUUUUAA